GCUCAGUGGCGAAGCGGGGCGCUCCCCAAGAAACCUUUCGCGCUCCGGGAGCUGCGUCGCCGCCUCGCUCCGACCCAGAUUCGCUUCGCACCGCCCCCGACACCCGCCACCAGCCCGGCUGGGCCCCGCGAGGCGGGGAUGGACGCCCCGCAGCAGCGCGCAGAGACCCGCUGACCGCCCCGGGCCGCGCGCGCGAAGCCAGCUCACACUUACUCUGUCAAAAACAGAUUUGCGGACCAUUACUUAAGGCUUCUUGUUAUACAGUCUGAAUGAUCACCACAGGCACCAUGAAGCACUUCCUGAGAAUGUUGAUCCAGGUGUGCCUGUAUUUUUACUGUAAAUGUUUGUGGCGCUGCCUGAAGUUUGUGAUGAGGAAGCUGACAGGGAGAUGUGAGCUUCAACGAAUCUGCUUCAGUACCAAGCCUGGAGCUUCCAGAACCAUGAAAAUAGAAACAUCACUAAGGGAUUCAAAAAGUAAGCUGUUGCAGACAGCAGUGAGUGUGCACCCGGAUGCCAUUGAGAAAACUAUAGAAGACAUCAUGGAACUGAAAAAGAUCAACCCUGACAUAAACCCACAGUUGGGGAUCUCUCUUCAAGCCUGCCUUCUGCAAAUUGUUGGGUACAGAAACCUUAUUGCAGAUGUGGAAAAGCUCCGCAGAGAACCCUAUGAUUCGGAUAAUCCCCAGCAUGAAGAAAGACUUCUGAAGUUAUGGACGCUAUUAAAACCCAAUACGGCCCUGGAAUCUAGGGUUUCUAAGCAAUGGUGUGAAAUUGGUUUCCAAGGUGAUGAUCCAAAAACAGACUUUCGAGGAAUGGGACUUCUGGGACUGUACAAUUUGCAGUAUUUUGCAGAAAGAGACCCAGCAUCCGCCCAGCAGGUCCUCUCGGAUUCUCUUCAUCCCAAAUGCAGCAAAUUCAGCAAAGCAGAGUGGGAGAAGAAAAGGAUGGAUAAAGCUAUUGGAUAUUCAUUUGCUAUUGUGGGCAUCAACAUCACUGACCUGGCAUAUAAUCUCCUGGUGAGUGGAGCCCUGAAAACUCACUUCUACAACAUCGCUCCAGAAGCCCCGACACUCUCUCACUUCCAGCAAACUUUCUGCUAUUUGAUGCAUGAAUUUCAUAAGUUCUGGAUUGAAGAGGACCCCCUGGAUAUAAUGGAAUUUAAUCGUGUGCGGGAGAAAUUCCGCAAGAGAAUCAUAAAACAGCUGCAGAACCCUAACAUGGCGUUAUGCCCGCACUUUUCUGCCUCAGAGGGUUUACUCAACAUGUAAUCACUUGCUCUGCUUUCAGCAGGUCCCCAAACACUGCCUCAUUGUCGUGUUAGAUCUCCUAGGUCCCAGCCCUCGCUGAAUGCCCACAGUGAUUGUCUGCAUGCCUUUUCAUACAGUAUUUUCAUCUCCCGGUCAUGAUUACCAGAUGCCCCCUCUUUCCAGGGGUACCUGCCAUCCAAUAACUGCUCAUAUUGUGGCAUUGUGCAGUGUUACUUCUUCCCUUGAUACCCAGGUAGGGAGAGAGUUUUCUAUUUUUUUAGAUUGUUUUCUUCCCUCCUCAUACUUCAGCAUUAAAAAAAAUAAAACUGGGGCCGGAGUGAGUGAUAGUAAAGCAGGGAGGGCAUUUAUCUUGCACGCAGAGCCAUCCCGGGUUUGAUCCCCGGCAUUCCAUAUGGUUACCCAAGUCUGCCAGGAGUGAUUUCUGAGCACAUAGCUAGGAGGAAUCCCUAAGAGCCACCGGAUUUAGGGAGGAAAAAAAAGUUGCCUUUCUCGAGCUAUCUUUUGGCAGUGAGAAACUCCCCUUCCUCUUGUUCUGUGAAAACCUUUUUAUUUGUCGAGAUUAUCCAUGGCUGCUGCUGCUAGCUUUGCAAGCCAGGCUCAUGCUUGGCCCUCAUUCUAAUACAGUAGAAGACUUUCCAGAAAUGCAGACAGACACAUGAGAAGCCAAACCAUUCCUGCAAACCUCGCUGAGCUUUAGGAAAAUGCAAUGAGGCUGACAAGAAGCAAACAUAGGUAGCAGUGCUUUUGUAGCAAACACCACGGAAGUCACUUCUGACCUUUCUGUGGCUGCCCAUGCCUGCCCAUUAUCUACAGAACCCAUCCAUUCACUCCCACCCUUUCCCCGGGGCCUGGAUGCUGAAACAUGCUGCUACUGCUGUUGGAGCCUCCGGAAAGAAGUAAAUGUACAGCAAAGGCUCUUCAAGCCUCUUUCUGGCUCACGGGUCAGCAUGCAUGGUUCCUGUCCAGGUAGCUAGGAGUGCCUGCGAAUUUGCUGCUGACUUUCGAGGCCACAUUCAGAAAACAACCUGGAAGGAAAAUGUGCUGCAGGAGCUAUGACGAUCAACCGCAAUUCUUGACGAGACCAACCUUGUUCCACAACUGAGAAGAACCCAUUUUCAUAAACCAUGAUUUCGUUUGGAAUUAUGAUUGUUGUCUGUUGAAUAGUAUUUACCAUGGCAUUUCAUACCCAUGGUCUUUUAUACCUUAUGACUCUCAAUUUUAGGAUGAUUAGAUGUUUGUGUAAUCACUGGCAUAUUUCACUGAAUUUUGAGGACGGCCUAACUGUCAGUUAUAUGAAUAAAUUACCCGUCAUUCUACAGAAA